CUAUUUUGUUUGGCCCCAAGGCUGUAUGUGCAGUACUAUGUAGGUACAGCUGCGAGCCAAAUCGUCAGCAGAAUGAUUAUCUUCCGACGUGCUUUCUUUUUGUCUCUCUGCGACUCAUUUGAUAGUUAUUUAUUUUUUCUUUUUUUUUACACUCCAUCCUCGGAAUACUGGCAACAUGGGUUGUCCAGACGUCAGGUACUGCGGGCGGGAUUGGGUAAGCGACGGGAAUCCUGCCAAGCCAGGUUCCAUGCCAGCCUGCAGAGGGCGACAGCGCAGGAAUUAGCUGUUCAGAUUACCCCGUUCUCCUGA